GGAAAGAAGGACGCAUCACAGAUGAUGAUGUUUCUAUCCACCUGCAGAGGGUUUGGAGACCCCACCUUCAAAAACCCGGAUCCUAUAGUCAUCGCCACCCCAGAUGUCAAAACAGUCGACCUGGUGCCCGAAGACUGGGCCUGCGUCUUGGGAAGCGAUGGCAUCUUCGAUGCCCUCAGUGACCAGGAGGUGGCAGACAUCAUUUGGCGUGCCAUGGCCGGCCAGGGCAAGGAUGCAGUCAGGGCGGCCAAGGAAGUCGUGCAGACGGCCCUGCGCAAAGGAAGCCGUGAUAAUGUCACCGCUGUUAUUUGCCGGUUCGGGUGGGCCAGCCCUCCUGAGAUGGACUCAGCGGUGGCUGCUGUCAUCUCUUCAUCUGGAUUGGAGAACACUGCCUUCGCUCCGCCAGUGGAGUGGGGGGCUUGGAAUGGUGAAAACAGCGGACAGUUCCUACAAGGCUUGUGCACACAAGACAUGCAGAGCCUUCAGAUCAUGCGGUCCGCGGGCCAUGCUGUGUUGCCAGCAGCCUUCCUCUCUCCCAAAGGCAAAGUACUUUGUGACACGCUGGUCCAGCAGGUGGACAAACACGAAUACUUCGUUGAUUGCCACAAAGAGUCAGCAACGCCGCUGCUUCGGCUACUGCUGCGGCACCGCCUACGACAGCCGCUAACGAUCGAGAAUAUCACAAAGAGCUACCUGCCUUGUGCUGUGCUUCCGGUUGACGCAGAAGCCCAAGGUGAAGCAGAGACCAAAGGCGAAAAGCUGGACCCCACGGAUUUCUUUCCAGAUCCUCGCUUCGCAGGGCUGGGCCACAGAGCAGUCUUGUCUACGAAAUCAUCAACCCCAGCACCACUGAUGACAGUUUCUGACUACCACCAGUGGCGUGUGCGCUGUGGUGUUCCAGAGGGACCUCGUGAUUUAAAAGUCGAUGAGAUCAUGCCCUUGCAUGUGAACAUGGAGCUUUUAAACUUUGUGUCAUUCUCGAAGGGCUGCUAUGUGGGCCAAGAGCUUCUGACACGCACCAAGCACAGAGGUGCUGUACGCCGGCGCGUUUUCAUCGCUGUUGCGGCUGACUAUGGCUCAGAUCAGGUCGCGAAGCUUCGACAGGUCCUGAAGCAGUUGGACCCCGGCUCCCCAGUAACUGCAAGCUGCAUCAUACCAAUAGAGGAGCCUUUGGGCCAUGAUGUGGCUUCCGAGGCGUUGGCAGUGUUUUCCCGGCGUGACCAGUCUGACCUCAAGCAAAUCGGGGUGCUCCAGUCAGCUUGCCAGAACUUGGCACUUUGCUUAUUGCGGUGCGAUGGGGAUUUCAAUCAUCCCAAAAGCUUCGAGAACCCACCUGUGCCAGAGGACACUGAGAUUGUGACAGCAUCAGGUCGGUCACAAAUACUGAUGCGGGCUCCUCCGUAUGCCUUUGUGCAAACAGAGUAG